CCGUAGUCAAACUUAUGUAUUCCCUUAAGAUUUGCGAACACUGCUUACGUUAUUGUGUGAGGUUUACGUGCUCCCUGGCUGAACUAUUAUAAACAGAGGACGUGUGCGUGCAUUGAAGCUGUAUUUGCGAUUUUCCGAAUGAAGACUUCCAACUCAUCAAAAGAUAAACAUCAAAAGUUAAAAAAGAAACUCAACACUUAAAGUAGGAUAUAAAAACAUCUCUGACGGAUCUGUAAUGCUUUACUGCUGAUCGCGAUGGCAUUAGUUGUAAGGCGAACGAGACUAACUUGCGGUUUCGUAAGUUUAAAAGCCUGACUUUCCAACAGGGAAAGAUCAGCAUGGAUUGUCAGACUCGAUUAAACACGGAUAUUUGUAUUUUUAAAGUCCUGUCGAGUGCUGUGAUUAUAUGGCAGAGACAGAGAUACAGUAAACCUUACCGUACUGAAUGUAUUUAACAUAAUGGGUCGACAAGUGGUUUUCCUGUCAGGAUUGAUUUGUCUUUGUGUGACACGUUGUUGCCCAUCCAGACUCUGCGACAAUGGCAAGACAAAUCUGGUCAUGGACCUACCAGGACCUGAAGAGCUUCUCUGUCAAGAGCUCUGGCCACAGUCCCAGCUGAAUGUUCCUGAUACUGACACAAAUCACAUUGUUGAGGCAUCUGAUUACAUUUGUAUGGACACACCUAUUAAAUACAAUGAGAGCUUACCCACCCAUGGUGAUUAUCGGCCUGUAGAGGCAGAGAGUGGAGAGUACAUCUACUGCCCUCCUCAACGCUGGCUAAACAACCUCAAAAAUGGAGGCCUGGUGUUUCUGUAUCACCCGUGUGUCUCAGCGGAAGCUCGCAGGAGUCUGGCAGUGUUGGCGCACUCAUGUCUGUCUCAUUACAUCCUCACACCUCACCCAUGGCUCAGCCAACACAGACCUUUAGCUGUGGUCUCCUGGGGUCGCUCACUAGAGAUGUCUCAAAUCACACUUAGAGUUUGCGAUUGGCUGCUUUCUAUUUUCCCCAAUAUAACUCUAUUCAGUACAAGCCAUGGAGUGAAAUACAAUAUGUAUUUGACAAAACCAGCUCUGCACAAACCAGUGAACACCAGCCAAGAGAUGUCCAGAGUGGAGAGAUUAAAGUCUCUGAAACACUGCUGCAUGAGGAUUCUCAGUCUGAAACGUAUAACCAGAAAGACCAGAAUGGCCCUCAAGCAAUCCCCAGAGGAUGCGGAACUGAAAGAAAACGUCAAACUUACCAGCACAGACAGUGCAAAACUGAACCAAACAGACACACUACCACAAAAUAAUACAAUACAAACUGCUAUACAAUCUCACGGUUCAGCCAAGGACUCUGAGGAGCCUGAAAGAACUGCUACCAACCACACAAAAACAACUGCACAGCAGUUAAAUAUAGUCACUGAAAGACAAAAAUACCAAACGAACAGAAAAUCGCACAAGAAAACAGAUAGUAGGAAGCAUCGCAUUAAGACUGACACAAAGGCGCAGACGUCUGAAUCUGAAUGCCGUGAGUUUGCACAGUGUGGCGUCCCGGACUCUAAUCAUAUAGAGGGGUCGAUAAGGGGAGAAAGAAUUUCCAUUCCUCGUACGGAUGAGGCCGUGUGGGCAGCAGGAGCGGUGGGCUUUAUCUUAGUGCUUCUCACCCUGUCUGUGCUCCACACGCGCCUCUAUCGCCACUGUCGGCCCUCCACCAGCCUCUACUGGCAUGACAACCAGCAAGACUAUGACAGUGUGGGUGACAUCAUCCGGCGCAGGCUGAGGAAAUUUGGACGGAGGAGGAAACGGAGCAGUUUGAGCAGGAGGCCAGAAUGUCCAUUGCUGUCCAACUCCAGCAAUGACGAGAACUCUGACUGACUCUGACAGGACUGUUGAAGUUCAUAAAUCAAUGAUGAAGAACUUUUGUCUCUGUACGCACAUGACAUCACUUCGAAAGACAUUUGCUCUCUGGUACCUCAUAGAGUGAUAGUAACGGUUCAGAUUUCUACUAUCUUUCUGCUAUCCAGUAUCAAAACCCUUUUAAAACAUUGCCUAUAUUGGGUGUGCUGUUGUCUGGUAGCAUAUUAGUAAAGUAGAAAUGGAUGUAACAGUCUUUUCUUAAGUAUGGUGGUGUAUCUGAAUGUAACAAUUAUUAUUGAAGGAGAAUGAAGAGCAGGGACAUUUUAAGAUGUAGAGUAAAUCCAACACACAUCCAGCAUCAUGGUGUGUAUUUCUUAUUCUAUAGCUCCACCUGUUGGUAAGCACGACUGUAGUUUAUGUGUCACAUGACUUGACACAAGGAGAUGGCAGCAGAGAGCUCUUUAGUUCCACUGGCAUGUUUUCAAUAGUUUGAUUAUGUAACUGUGUUGCACUAAAGUUUACCACAUGCUUUUCUUCUAACGUGUAUCAACCAGAUCCAUAGCAAACAAAAUGAAGUAAAUGAAUAUUUCAAAGGAAUAGUUCACCCCCCCCCCACCACCACCAACCCCAAAAUAAAAAAAAAUACGCUCUUUUUUUUUUCUAUCUUAUUUGAGUUUCUUCUGUUAAACACAAAAGAAGAUAUUUUGAAGAAUGUUGCCAUUGCAUGUAUGUAGCCACUGAUUUCCAUGGUGUUUUUUACUAUGUAUGUCAGUUGCUUCCAGUUUCCCACAUUUUUCAAAUAACUUUUUUUUUCCUUUUGCAGAAGCAAAACAAUAGUGAGUAAAUCAUGUUUGGGUGAAAUAUCUCUUUAAUUCAGAUCCUGUUCUUAAUCCACUUGUUUUGUAUUGAACCUAAUUUAUAGGGUGUUUACAUUAAUUAAAUAGGGUGGUUAAAUGAAAGACAAAUCCAAGCGAUCUACUGAGGCAAUGUUGUGGUAAAUGUGUGUAAUGUAUUUAUUAUACUUCAGGAUUUCCAAAUCUAGGGCCUUUUUAGGUAUGCCUGAAGUACACAUGGCUGAAAUCACAUACUGUCUUCCUUUAAAUUUUAACCAUGAAUCAGAAUCAAAAACCCUGGAUUCAUUCGUUCGUUCACAAUUUUACACUUUUAACUGAAUGACAUUUCUAAGAAACUUCUGAUUGCUCAUCUAAUGUCAAAAUCCCAUAUUUAUUAAGUAAAUAUCAGAGAUACUCUGUACAAAAAAUAUAAUAUGAGAUGAAAAGGGUUUUCAAGCAUCAAAACAAUAAAAGUGUAAUACUGCUUUUAAUAGUAGUGCAAUUUUUAUUGAUCAUACACUAAAAUGUAUCCUUUUGGGUUCAUUUUUUCCUCUUUUUUUUUUAUUUUUAUUUAUUUAUUUUUUAGUGAGACCCUUUCGUCUUUGGACCAUAUGCAAUUUUCAGUAAUAUUUUGGUGGAAUCUAAAGCAUACUUGAUUCAUUUUAGAUUUAUUUGUAUACUAAAGUCACAUGAUGCUAGACUGCAAUGGUUUCUCAAUGAAGUAUUGUCUGGGCUAUUAUGUGGA